UAUUAUUAAGCCUUGCACUGACAAUAUGGCCUGGGGAUUAGUGAAGGAGCAUUGGGGUAAAAGCAAUAGAAGCAACGCUACAACAAGUGACAUUAUAUUCAAAGAUAUCAGACCAGCGGGAGAGUUCAGCAGGAUUUUCAUCCAGUCAAAAACCUCAGACAAUCGAACGAAGUUGAUUGGUGGAGACACGUGGAGGGUUUACGUACGUGGUCCAACAAGCAUUGCGGCCACUGUUUUCGAUCACAAUAAUGGAACUUACGAAGCUCUAUUUCUCAUCACGGAGCCUGGUGUCUAUCAACUAAUGAUUUACCUUGAUUACAGUCUUUGUGAUGGCUUCAAAGACCCACCUCGCGAUUGGUUCAUCAUAGGCGACGUUCAGGGGGCCAACCACAGAAAUGGAACUUUAGGACCCUUAGACGAAUACUUGGUAAAGCAUGGACAUCGUACCUUAAACAUAACUGUGACUAAGGCUCAGCUAAAAGCCCCUCUUUCUGACAAACUUGAAGGACUUGCCUCCUGUUCUGAAACCUGCAAGUAUUUGUGGGAUGGAUUCGGUCAAUGGAAAACACGACGGUGGAUGCCAUAUCUUAAAGGUUGGGAAUGAGUUUUUGAGUCUUUCAAUUCUCACACAGGAGAUCUAGCGACGGUACAUCAGUCAAAACAAAUAAGGCGU